AUGACGGCCAUUGACAGCAUUUUCGUGACGCGAAAUCUCUUCCAUAGUGAAAGAUUCAUCCAAAACCAAGCAGUGCCGCUUAUCAAGCUCAUGGAGUUGCUGGGUCCGGGAGGGGCUCUGGAGCGGCUGCACUACGAAAAACUACCGAGAAAAGCGCAAUAUGAAGUGAUCAAGGAAGUCCUCUGGACGGCGUACCAAGAUACUUGGCGACUGGAUUGGACGACUUUAUCCCAUGAGAAGAAGUUGAGAAAGCGGCCUACAAUGAAAUAUGCGAUGAAAAAUCUCCUCGAGCAUUUGGGCUUGAAUAAAAGUCCCCGACCUCCGAGAAAAUCAAGAAAGAGAGCGCGACGCGUCCCACCGCUUGGUGCUGGAUUUGGGGGCUUGAAACGAAGAGAUAUUGAGAAACAACCGCUCCGCUCGAAUGUUGAAAUUUUCCUGCCGUCUAUCGCUGAAGAAGAGCCAGCUCACAAGAGCAGCUUUAAACAACUUCAAAAACACUCUCUUUUCUUUCGACCGAGCGAUAUGGAGCUCAAGGCGAAACUUGGUCGGCCAGAAUUCAGUCCGAGCAUUGAAUACCGAGCCGGAAAUAUGUACAACUUUGAGAAUCGUAGCUAUGAAAGGAUGAAGAAGAAGCUUCGAAGACAGUACUACAAGAACAUGACGGCGGAGGAGAAGCAGAAAUACAAAGAAGAAAGAGCUACUCGCCGAGCGAUGCGCGCUGCAAAUGGCGAAGUACUUAGCAGCGAGUCUGAUCUCUCCGGAGAUGAUUCCAUGUCUGAUGUCGACCCGCAAGAGUAUCAGAAUUUUAUAUUAGAGAAGCAGCGGCGGCGAGCGCAUAAAAACAUGCUCAAAGCUGCCGGACAAGAUCCCGGCUACGAUUCUGACGAGUUUGAAGACGAUUACUGGUCUGAGAAAAAAGGAAAUAUUCCACUUGACAUGCAACGCAGAUUGGGCUUUGCUCAGAUUCUCGCGCCUGGUCCUGAGUUGCUGGAUAUAAGCUUGCCAAAAGACGAGGAAGCGAAACAGAAGGUUUUGGAAAUGUUCAAAGAGGUUCUCAAGGACGAGUUACAAGACAUGGUCGACGGAUUCGAGCUUGACUCUGAUGAAGAAGACGAAGACGCUCUUGGUGAUGAGGAAAUUGAGAAAAUGCUCGCAUCAGGAGUUGACGUUGGAGAUAUGCUCUCUAUGCAAGAUUUGUCUCCUGAGACGCGCAAAAGCGGAUGA